AUGCUGCUGCCGAUGCUGGCGGAGUGGCUUUGCGCCAACAACGGCAAGGACGCGCGCGCAACGCGAAUGGUCCGGGACAUGCACCUGUUCCUCAUCCCCACGAUGAACCCCGACGGCUUUGCGAAAAGGCGGAGAAAGAACAGGGGCGGCAAGGACCUAAACCGCAAUUUUCCAGAUCGCAUCAAGCACGCGGGCACCGACUUGAGGCUGAGGCAGAAGGGCACGCAGCCUGAGACCUGGGCUGUCAUGCAGUUCAUGCUAGGCAAGACGUGGGCGGGCGCCGCCAAUUUUCAUGAAGGGGCAGAGGUUGCAGUGUAUCCGUGGGAUGGGUAUGCCAGCGGGACGUUGUCGGCUGCCGGCGGCGCGAGCGACGCCCCCGACAGCGCCACGUUCAAAUUCUUGGCGCAAACGUAUGCUGAUGCCCACACGACCAUGAGCACGUCAGGGGGGGAGGUCUGA